AUUGUUGCUCGCUUCACAUAUUCAAGCGCAGAAUGAAAUGAGACAAUUAUUUCCUUGUUGGGAUGAACCACACUUAAAGGCUACAUUUAAUAUUUCAAUAAAACAUCUUCCCUAUUUUUCAGUUUUAUCAAACAUGCCGAUAUGGCAUCACAUCGGUGAAAGUGAUAAAGAUUUAAUACACACAUUCUUCUAUAUUACUCCUCCAAUAUCUACUUCUCAAGUUGCAAUAGUUAUAACAAAAUAUUAUUAUGAUAGAAUUAGCGAAAACAUCGCUUUGUGGUGGGAAAAUUUUCCAGAAGGGAAAUCUCAGAAAUUUGAGUUUGCACGAAGAAUCAUAAACAAUAUUACAUUGCAUUUAAAAUCUGAAUUCAGUGAGAUAAAUAUUCCAAAAAUGGAUCAUGUUGCAAUUCCAAAUUUUCUACAAGACGACACAUCGAAAUGGGGGCUCAUCUUUCAUACGGAAGCUGAUCUUAUGUAUGAUGAGAAAUUAGAUCCAGUUAUGCGCAAAAUGGAAGUCGCACGUUUAAUAGCAUCUAAAAUAGUAUACCAAUGGUUUAAUAACAUACUCAGUUCAUCUUGGUCUCAUUUAUGGAUAUACGACGCUUUUGCUAAUAUAUUCGGAGAAGAAGCUGUUGCUAAGAGCUUCAAUAAUUCUGAAAUUUUGGAUCUUUUCAUUAUUCAGAAUCAAUAUCAUCUCGAAUCUCUUCAUCUGGAUUCUCAUUUUAAUAUGAAUCCUGUCGAAAUCACAAGCCCAUCGGAAAUUAAUUCAACUUUCAGUUUUCCUCGUUACAUGAAAGCAAUAAUUAUUUUACGGAUGUUCCAAAGUGCUAUUACCGAUGAAGUUUUUCGAAAUAAUAUCCAUACAUAUGUUAGCAGACAAAUGUCCAGUUCAUUAAUGCCUCAUAAUUUCUCAUUCAUGAAAGAAAAAUUGGAAGAUGAAACAUAUCACUGUAAUAUAUCGUGGAAUGAGAUCUUAAUUUGGAUUCAAAACAAACAUUAUCCUGUUGUAAGCUGUGAACGAGACACUCAUUCCACAGAAUUUUUUCUGUCACUAAGUUACAAUACAACAAAUUAUAUUAAUUGGCUGAUACCCAUAAAUUUAAGGGAAAUAUCUUUAAAUGAAAAUUUUAAAACAUGUUUAGCACCACAUAUUAAUAAUAUCCGAUUAAUUUUUCCUCAAAGUGAUUGUUGGAUGGUGAACAUUGAGCAAGAAAAAUUUAGAAAAUUGUUGGAAAAGCCAUUGAAAACACUAGGAUAUGAAGAACAGCUGAUGGAAAAUGACUUUACUAAAUGUUUAAGACAAGAAAUUGUGAAAUGGGCAUGUACCCUCCAAUACGAUGAGUGCGAACGAUCAGCUCUUCGCAAAUUAGAGCAUCAUCUCGAGAAUCAUGAAAGCAGGCCCCUUUUAUCUUGGUGGAAGCACUGGACAUAUUGCAAUGGUUUACGAAUAGCUAAUUCUUCUAUAUGGUCAGACGUAACAGAUUUCUUAAAAAAAUAUGGCCGUAAAUUGUUAUCGUUCCUAACUUGUUCUGAAUAUGGUACAUUUACUUCUGUAUCAUUUUUGGAAUUAUUCACAGAAGAUGAAAGACAAGAUAUUACAAUUAUUCGAUUACAUAUAGACAUUUUUCAUUCAAUUAUUAUGAAACAUUCUAACGCAUAUGACGUACUCGAAAAGAUACUUAUAUCUUUAGAACUUAGAAGACCUACACAAGUAAACAUAUUAACAGCGCUGGUUGAUAUCAUUAAUCAUGUAUAUUCUUACAAAAAUCUUAAGAAGGUUCACGAUUAUAUAACAGGAAAUAGGUACUUAAACGAAUCACAAAUUUUAAAAAUUGUAAGUAAGAUAGAAAGAAGAUGGUCAGAAAUUGUCGCUCAUACAGGAUUUACAUUUUCGAUUUAUGAACAUUCAUUAAUCUAAUUUAAAUAACCACGUAAUAUAUAAUUUUUUUUUUAUAC